CCUUCUCGCCACUUGCCACUUGUCCCCUCCACCUAGUCUCACUCUUGCACGCAUACAACACCUAACAAAGCCCUUAACAAUGUCUCCCGACACCGCCUCGAAGUUCAGCUACGCCAGCGAAGGCUCCACCAUUUAUGGGGACUCGAUAUACCCUGAGGAGAUGGAGGAGCUGGACAAGAGGGUCAUCGAGUGGCGGGCUCAAGUUGUUCUCGAAGGAACUGAGGAAACCGGAGCUGGUGGACCUCCGACGCUCUUGGACAGCGAGGAUGGUGCGCAAAGCGCGUUGGUGGGUAUGGACAGCAGCGAUUCAGCCCCCGGCGUCGCCUUGUCCAUCGACGUGCUGUUUGAUACGACGACGUCCGCGUUCGAGUUUGACCGUGGAUAUCUAUCUGGGCGUUCCUCAGUCGCAAGCAGCGAUGCUCAUGGCUCACCACUCCGCCGGUCCAGCUUCGAGAUCGCCCCGCCUGCCCACGAGGUCCCCGCACUCGAGCUGAUGACCGGGGUGCACAAUAUUGACGAAGGGCGGACUGUCGACCACUUCAACAUUUAUGAUGAUCGCGCAAAAAAUGUGGCGACGCGGCAAUCCGAGUCAGUCAACGAGGGUAAUAUCGAGGAUGGUCUUCCUGAGUACGCGAGGGCCCCAUCGCCAUCUCAGCUACAAAAGCCUCGCUCGUAUCAUGCUCCAAAAGACACGGAAACUCCAGCUCGCCCUACCCGACCCCGCAUCGCACAGAAGCCUUCCUUCGGCCAGAAAGUCCAGGAAAAACUGCGUGCUCUGCGGAAGCAACGUGCUCUGGAGAAGCUGAAGCGGGGCAAGAUCGACUGCAUACGCAUUCGCUCUGGUGAAGGAUUUGGGAAUCAGUUGAUCAUCGAGGACGACGACGAGCAGCCGUUUAGCAGGGUUGGCUCGACUGACUUCUGGCUAAUCGAUCUGUUGGCCGAAGUCGACGACGCGGGAAACGCUAACAGUGAGAUCCUUUGGGCCCGCGACGAAUACUUCGGCUGGGACGGGAACUGCAGCGCCGAUGACUUCGCAACUGGCUUCCGCUCUGGCCCGAAGGCGAGCAAAGGCCCUUGCUACACAAUGCCCAUGUUGAGCGGCGCGUCCUCUCCCAACCCCGGUCUCACCUCGUCCAACACUCCGGCCCCCGUGGGCGAUAGCACGGACGACGAGGACGUCACCAUCGACGACAUCCUCAUGCUCGUCACGGAUCCCCGCGAUGAGGAAUUCGACGCCAAGGUUGACCGCUUCAUGGAGGUCAGCGAGUUCAGCUCCUACUUCGAUUCCUCUUCGUGGCAGCGAGAUCUGCUGGGCGACGGCCAGUGGUCGGAGGUCUGGUGUUAGGCUGCGCAAAUGCAAGUCCAAGAACGGGCGUGCUCACGCUGCACGCCUCACUAAAAAUUAGCCCAUUGACAAGCGGCUGCUGGUCAUUGGCAUGAGAGUCGCGCGACCGAGCGACGCCUCAUUGACAUGACCAACGACCACCUCGACCUCGGCGGGAGGGCUCGUCAGCGACACCUCUCCAAUGCGAUAACCCUUCACUCGGGAGUCCAGGAUGUCGCGCCAUGCCCUGCUCAUCGACAGCAGCGUUUUCUUCUUUUUUCUUUUUAUCAUUGCCUUGGCUCGGUUCUCGUUCGUCCUACUAACAAUCUACAACACAUCAUUUCCGCACUGCUUCAUCUUCCUUUCCACGGUUCGACUCGCUCAGCGAGUCGUGUACUACCGCUGUUCCUAGUUCGUCGUGACCUUGGGUCCGCAAAAGAUCGUGCACUUUUCCGCACCUUCACGUACAUAGCAUUUCUCAUCUUCC